GGCGCUGCUGCUGCUGAAUAAAAACGAAUUAAAUUAUGAAUUCGAAUGAAUUAAAACGCGAAUAAGUGCACAUCGCUCGCAAAACAAAGCUCGCGCCUGGUCUCGGUCCCGUACUCGUGCCGAGCCGCACACACACACACCAGAAACAGAAACACAAACACCAACACACCACAGAACUGGUCCCGUUCUCCCCCUCGAAAAGAACACGGAAAAACGGAAAACUAAAUAAUAACGGUUCGGUGGAAAAAUGCAUUACUAAGCUAACUGCUGGUCGAAAACAGCUGCAGCGCGUGGAGCGGAGUGGAGGGAGUGAUUACCGGGAUAGUAGCCCUAGCCGAGAACGAAAAGUGAACACUGAAAAUCGCAGGCCAGGCCACAUUUCCUCACAUGUUUUCCAAUGCAACGGUUUUCUUCUGUAUCUGUUUUCCGCAAAAACCCAUCUAACGACUGCAACUGACAAAAAGCCUGAGCAAACAUCGAAUUUCAAGCCGAGUUUCAGUGAAAAGUUUAGCUCAAUCCACAGCCCCAGGCACAAUAAGCAAAAUGAUCGUACGUCGCCGGUCCCGUCGCUCCCGUAUGUGGAACAUGGGUCUGCUCUUCCUGAUCUACUACUGCGUCAGCAUCUACUCGGCCAAGGGCGACACCAGGGAGGGAUCGGCGCUACCACUGGACGUGGGCCUGGCCGAGGAUGAAGGCGAUGCCGAAGCUAAUGGAGAAGUAACUACCGAGAUGAAUCGAGAGCUCGAGAACACCACGCCGUAUGAUGCCCCGACAGCCACCGAGCCCACUCACUUGCAUGGAGCCGUCCCGACCUGGCGUCCCAAGCGCGACAAUUGCACCCCGCCGGCCAUCGAGCAGUUUCCUCAGCCACUGAUGAACAAGUGGGCGCGUCAGCACGGCGGACUUAUCCUGCACAUUCUGGUGGCCGUCUACACCUUCUUUGGCCUGGCCAUCGUGUGCGACGAGUACUUCGUGGCCAGCCUGGACCGUUUGUGCGAAGAGCUAAAGCUUUCUCCGGAUGUGGCUGGCGCCACAUUCAUGGCUGCCGGCAGCUCGGCCCCCGAACUGGCCACCGUGGUCAUAGGGGUGUUCUUCGCCAAGGACGACAUUGGGAUCAGCGGAGUCAUCGGCUCGGCGGUGUUCAAUAUUAUGUUCGUGAUAUCCGUCUGUGCCCUGUGCUCGGGAACCGUUUGCCAGCUAAACUGGUGGCCACUGGUGCGGGACUGCUUCUUCUACUGCGUUUCUAUCCUGGUCAUGCUGAUCAUUAUCUUCAACGACGUCAUCUCUUGUUUCGAGUCCGUGGUGAUGCUGCUCUGCUAUGUGGGAUACUGCGUGGCCCUCCACUUCAACACGGAGCUGGAGCGCUGGGCCCUCGGGCUGAACUUGCCGUUUAAGCUGCCCAGCAAGGAGGAGCAGUCGGCCUUGGUGACCUACAAGAAUGUUCCCGAGAGCUCCUACACCCAGGGCAGUGCAGGACAGGGACAACAGCAACAGACGAGCAUGUCCAAGGAGUCCAGCGAUGGCGUGGACGCCAGUAUCACCCAACCCCAGGGCGACUAUCAGAACUACAGCGACACCAAUGCCAGCUGGGACCCGAAUUCCGCCUGGGGCGAGGAGAACCAACCGAAGCCAGCGGCCGCCAGUGCCAGGCCAAGCCAACCACCGGUCGACGACUGGGGUAUGGGGCAAUUCAGUCAAGGCCAGGGACAGGGCCAGGAGAACAUGGCUUACAACUCCGAUCAGCCCGAGUCUGUUGUGACGGGCGAGGCUGCGGCUGCGUCGGCGUCCGCGGGUGCGGGUGCAGGUGCAGGUGCGGCUAAAGGCCAAUUGGUGGGCGCUCCUGCUCCCAGUGGCGUUGACUACUACAAGUCGACGGACAAGCAGCGCGAGCCCCGCCCAGAUCCCCUAAUGCGACCGACGGAGGGCGGUCUGCCAGCGUUGGUUGCCUGGUAUGUAGUGUAUCCGAUACACUUCCUGUGCAAGAAGACGAUGCCCGACUGCCGGCAGCAGCAGUUCCGCAACUGGUAUCCGUUCACCUUCCUGCUAUCGAUGGUUUGGAUCUCGUUCUACUCGUACUUUAUGGUGUGGAUGAUCACCGUGAUCGGGUCCACCCUGGCCAUCCCCGACACCGUGAUGGGCCUCACCUUCGUGGCUGCUGGCGUUUCUGUGCCGGAUGCCCUAAGCUCAAUAGCCGUUAUCAAAGAGGGCUACGGCGACAUGGCCGUGUCGAAUGCGAUUGGCUCGAAUGUCUUUGAUAUCCUAGUGUGCUUAGGUCUUCCAUGGUUCAUACAAACGGCCAUCAUAAAGCCCGGCUCGCACGUGAAUGUCAUCUCCAAGGGUCUCGCCUACUCGACGCUCUCGCUCUUCUCUACCGUCGUCUUCCUGAUCCUCUCGACGCACCUGAACGGCUGGAAGCUGGACAAGCGCCUGGGUAUAAUUCUGAUGCUCUGGUACCUGUUCUUCAUCACGCUGGCGUCGCUCUAUGAAUUGAAUGUCUUUGGCUAUAUGAACCCACCAGAAUGUCCCAGCACUUUCUAAGCAACCAAGAGGAUACCAGCACCAAGUACCAUAUACUCGUGUAGUAUAGUGCAUAAAGAAGCAUACAAUACAUAGUACAUAGCACAGACCCAUGCAUUUGCAUAUUCAUAUUCAGAGGAGAGUCGUGCAUAGUCGCAUCAACAACAAACUGAAGCGCCAGCCACAGCCGCCACAACCGCAGGAGUUCGUCAUUGUAAGAGGAACCGACUCGUACAUUUAAUGUUAAUUAGUGGACAAAUUGAAUACUCAAAUCGCGUUUUACAUGGAUUUUUACAUUGCACCAACCGAAGAGAGAAACGAUAAACCAAAAAGAUAAAAAGAUAAAAGAUGAUUAUAUAUAUUAUAUAUUUACUAACAUAUACAUAUACAAUAUUUAAUGAUAUUUAGGCAAAUAACAAACCAUAUACAUAUGUACGAGAGUGCAGCCACAAUUAAAGUACACAUACCGGAUAAAUAGCACUGUAGAUAGGGAGACAAAUGCAAUUAAACAAGCAACAGAUGAACAGAGGAACAGAGGAAUUUGUUGCAAAACGGUUUUAAGGAACAAGUCGAACAGAACAACGCAAACUUCUCACACCACAAAUCAAACCAAUUAUACGAUCAUUAUACAACAUACAUAUAUUUAUGCAUAUGUAUGUAUGUCUAUCGUAUAAGUAUGUAUCUGCAUGUAUAUACUUUUGUAUCGCAUCGCUUUGUUAAACAGUUGAUCACGCUUAGUUUUAGUUUAGUUUUAGUUUUAGUUCUAUAGUUUAGUGUAUGUAUCUCGUUAAGGAUCUCUCCAUUGUUAUUUCUUGUGCAGUCGAUGUACACGAAAACGCCCGUAGAGACUAUUGGCCUCCGGGCUGGUCGAUCCAGACCAGGAGCGCAGAUCCCUGCGCCGCGGAACAAGAGCAACGAAUUUUUUUACGUUUUCGGAUGUUUUAUUUUUGUUCUCAUAUACAAGAUGAAUGAAAAAACCAACACCCAUGUAUGUAUGUAUAUUUUUUAUAUUUAAAUAAUACAUUUUCAAAUAAUAUAGCCACUUCGAUUCCACGAGAAUCGUCCUAGGUUUGGCCGAAGACAUUUGGGUUUAGAUUCCGAAAGAAAGUUCGAAUAGCAAAGAACAGAGAAAUAAGAAAGCAAGGGCCAAGCAAGAGAAUGGGAACGAAACGAAAAGAAAAGAAAAGAAUACCUUAUGGCAAUUAAUCGCGUCAAUUUUCGGAUGUAAAUAGUAUGCGCGGGAGCAUAAAUAAACUAAAAAGCAUUAUACAAAUCACAUAUAUUCAAGCACGAACAGUGAACGUUUAAAGUCAAUUUUUGGUGCAAAUUGUUGCGCAUAAAUCGAAACAAUAUUUACUAGGAAGUGAUAGAUCUUCAGAAUUUAAAAUGACUUUUCGUUUCAUUUGAUGGUGAUGCGGAUUCAAGGCAUAGCAAUUACUUGUUCAAUUGAUCGAUGGAAAAUCAAAUCAGGCUAAUCAUUGAUUUAACAUUCAAUUAUUUUCCCACUCAAGCAAUCCGAGUAAAGUAAAAAUACAAAAUGCGGAAUCAUUCCAGCUUAGGGAAUACUGAUUACAUAUUUACUGAGUACAUUAUUUUUGGCGCACUUUGGCUUUCCUCCCAGCUGUCCAGAUCGAGACCGAGAUCCAGAUCCAAGAUCCAGGCCAAAUCCAGCUGCAUUUACCACACUUUGCCCAAAGCUGCUUUGCAAAACCAGAUGGAUCUGACCAUGACACAGAAUCAGUAUCAGAAUUAGCUGCAAGCAAUGUGUAAGACAAAUACGAGGAUAUACAUUAAUACUACUACUAUAUAGCAUAAAGAGCAAGGCACUGCUAUAAGGACGCGCUCAAAAGAUACAUAGUUACAUACCAACACACAUUCAUACAUACAUAUAUGUCUACCUAAACAUAAA